CCCCCUUAAUCUUUUAACUCCUGUAUACUUGCUGUAGAGCAUUAGAUCCUGCUAUAUAGUUAAAAGAUAAGAGACCAGUUAUUCUUUUGUAAGGAAGAACUGCCUUAUACCAUUUUUUUAAACUAACCCAGGUCACACCACUUAUAAUCUAAAUUUGCUUGACUGCAGUUUACUCAAUGGAGUGGGAAGAAAAAGGAGAAACAAUUAUCUAGUUGGUUAUUUUAGGAGUAUACAGUUAAGAUAAUGAAUGCUGCAUCACGAACAACUAACAUCAACUUAGUCCCUAUUUCCCCAAAGAAAAAUAGUGGUAUUUCAGGGAAAAAAAAAAAAACAGAUUUAAAACUUAACUACUGACUGGUCAGAUCGCUCAAUCUUAAGUCUGUUUCUUCUGCUCUAACAGGAAGGUCACUGCCCUCCUACAUCACAGGUGUGCUGUGAGGAUGGAAUGGGCUAUAAUAGCACGUGUAAGGUACUAGUUUAUGAUUCCUUUUCCUAAAUGAGACUCCUUAUCAGUCCAUAUGCUUCCCUAAAAUCUUUUCACCCUUUGGGUAUUACCAAGUCCUUUCUACAAGGAAACGAUCUUAACAGGAAGCAAUUCGAGACUAUUAGGAGGAGAAGCCAUGCUUUAGAGAGGCAAUCAACCGGUCAAUUGUCUUAAGCCAUGGGGCUCUUCUGGUCCUCUAAAGUAGUUUACUACAGUAGUAAGUGGCAGCUUAGCACAGUGGCUAUGCAAAAGGGAGGCAGCACCAGGAUGACAUACUGACAUGCCACAAAUUUAAAAUCCCUCGAAACCUCGUGGAUGUACAGAGGUGUGAAGAUGAAAAGCUAAAGGGCGGAGAUCUUGGGGCACUCAAAUGCGGCUUCCACGGGUCCCACUUCAGAUGGUGCCUGGGCAAUGCACUGAAAGGCGGACAUGGUCCAACUACCUGGAGAAACCGAAGGCCGUCGUUUUCUAGCAAAGCCAGCCUGCCAGGAAGGGUUACAGAAGCGGGAGUGAUCUCUUCGCUCCCGACCUGACCAAAAGCCCCUCUAGUUCCUCUCGAACAAGGAAGCGGAAAUCCUGACUUCGGGAAUAAGGUUAUUUCUAAACCUUCAUGCAGCCUAACCCAGCCUCGGGGGAGGUUGGGCAUUGACGUCUCCGUGAAUUAGCAAUGGUGGGAGGAGAGAGUUUGACGCUGGUUCCCAGGAGUUCAGUGUCCCUGUCACAAAGCCACUCCGACACAGCUGACCACUCAGGACCGGCAAUGGAGGAGGGCAGCGCCUGCGUACCGGACCCAAAAGUAACCGAAGACGCCUGCGCAGUGACGGAGUGACUGGAGACCCAAGAGAGCGGCUGCGCACUAAAAAAAGGAGGUGUGGAAGGAGGCUCCCACGCUGUGAGCCAGUCUGCGCCUGCGCAGUGGAGGCAGCUCAGGGAAGUGGUGGUGGCGGUGGUAGUGGCGGUGGCGCGAUGGAGCCGGAGGAGCACAGGAACGAGCUAGUGUCAGCCGAGGGCCGGAACAGGAAAGCUGUGCUGUGUCAGCGCUGUGGAUCUCGGGUGCUGCAGCCCGGGGCCGCUCUCUUCUCACGCAGACAGCUGUUCCUUCCCUCCAUGAGGAAGAAGCCAGCUCUGGCUGAUGGCAGCAAUCCAGAAGGUGACUUCCUUCAAGAACACUGGCUGGUUGAUGACAUGUUCACCUUUGAGAACGUGGGCUUCACCAAAGACGUAGGGAACGUCAAAUUUCUGGUCUGCGCAGAUUGUGAAAUUGGACCCAUCGGCUGGCACUGCCUGGAUGACAAAAAUAGUUUCUAUGUGGCUUUGGAGAGGGUUUCCCACGAGUGACUAAGGGAUCUCCAGCAGCAGCUUCCCAUGCUGGAAGCAUCUCCCCAAAACAGCAGUCAUUCUAACCUGAUAUAACUGUUCUGCUGCUUUCUUCUCUAUACUAAUGUAAAGUUGUGAGUACCACAAUGUCUACUUGAACAUACAAAGGGUUUACCCUAACUUGCUUCCUUGAAACCUCAAGUGCACACGUCUCACAUAGUUCUCCCUGUAGCACAACACUUCCUCCUCUUCCUUUCUAGUUAGUGAUGUGGGAAGCCAGGUGCCUUCCAGAAUUUAUCUACUGGCGUGGCCCUGUGUUUCUUAUCCAGGUGCUACUUUUUGUUUCCUGCUCUAGGUUGACAGUCAGAUUUUUACUGUUCUGAUUUGUUUGACCCCUUUUAGCUUUUGAAAUUAUGUGGUUUCUUGUCAAUGGUCUAAUCCCACACUUAGAAUAUAUGAAUAGAGAAUUAAAUUUUUAGCACAUUUUGGCAACCACCACAAAGAAAAGUAAUUUACCAGAUGUGUCAAAAGAUUCUCCCUUGAGUAUUAAGAUGGAGAGCAUAUAAAGGAGGAACCACUGCUAACUUGCAUGUGAAGUUUACAAGCUUGGCUCAUGUCUGAACAGAUGACUUGAGUCCUUUCAUCAUGGGAAGAACUUUGUCUAAAGAAAGCAGCAUCGGCACAAUUAUUGAAUCUAAUGGACCUGGUGCAGGGCAAGAAUUCUUGGUGGGAUGGGAAUUUUACUUAUCUUUUAACACUUACCAUCCUAACAAAUUCCAUCCAGUGACCUGUAUUCUUAUUCAAGUGAAUUUAUGUUUCCUGACUACUAGGAAAACUCUUGGCCCUUCUGGUUUGGUGCUGGUCCAAGAGGGCAUUAAAAAUGAAUGAGUUGGUGUA